AUAGCUGAAAAACCCAAAAUGUAUAAUCGCAAUCCAAAGGAGAAGAAAAAGGGAGGCAUGGAGGCGAAUGUUCCUGACAUGAGCUUUACGAAGAUUAUGAAUGAAGUUGAGCUCUUUGUUUAUGUCCAAGAGAUAUACACUCUCCCCAUGAUGAUGCAAUGCGAGUUUAUGUUCUGCAUAUCUGAUGUUGAUGUUAUUAAAGUUAAUAGGAGCUCACAUAUGACAUGGAAGGAUAGGAAAGCAUUGGAGAACAAGAAAGUGAUUGAACUUGGUGGAAAGCCGCAGAAGAAACAGAGGCUGCCGCUGAGUGUAGCGCGAGUACAGAUGAAGAAGCAGAAAGAAAGAGAAGAGAUGAUGGUGGAACAGAAUAGGAUUCUUGGCAGAUUUGGAGGACAACUUGGUGGUGGAAGUGCGAAGAAACCCGUAGAGAGGAAGCGUAGGCCAGAGGAGACAGUUCUGAAAUCAACUGUAGGGAACUUCAGGAAUGGUGUUCUUGAUGUUAAGCAUUUACUACAUUCUGGUUCUUUAAGAAGUAAUGACAGAGAUAGCGAAAUGAGCAGCUAUGGUAAGAGGAGGAACAGAGGAGGAGGAGGAGGAAGUGAGCGAGGAGAAGGAGGAGGAGAGAUGAAGAAGAAAGGAAAGAAGAAAGGGAAGAAGAAGGGAAAGAAAGGAGGCGGUAAGAGGAAAGGCAAGUAA